AUCGAUCAUUGAAUCCGCCGCCGACGUCGGGGAGACGGGCAUCCAACCGCCAUUCGAAUGCGUUUUGGGCAGAUGUGUGCAUGAGUGGCCAUGCAGCCUCAUGCAUAGGACCCACAUAGAUGAGGUAGGAAGAGAAAGACGAGGUCACCCAACGUUCGUUCAAAAACAGAAGAGGGGAUAACGAAGCUCACCUGCUGCUGCUGCUGCUGCUGCUGCCGCUGCCGCUGCCGAUUCCUCUCUCUUGUUCCCAUCUUCAUUGGGGGAGAGAGAAUGGCGCUGUUUAUGGGGAUUUAUAGCCCUCCUCUUCCCUUCCCCAUGCAGCAGCCGACUUCCAGGGUUCCAUCCCUGCAUUCGGGCGCCACUCAGCUUCCAUGUUUCAGCACGACACUUUCUUCUCCAGUCAUGAUGCCCCCGAUCCAAUUUACGAACCGGCACAGGCGUUCCGCGAUCCUUCAUUGUUCCGCUUCAUCAGUUGAGACCGCCACUGUUGAGCAGAGGACCAAGAUUAACACUAGAAGAGAUGUACGUAACAUAGCAAUUGUUGCUCAUGUUGAUCAUGGGAAGACAACUUUAGUGGAUGCAAUGCUGAGGCAAGCUAAGGUUUUCCGUGACAAUCAAGUUGUGAAAGAACGGAUAAUGGACUCAAAUGAUCUGGAAAGAGAAAGAGGAAUAACAAUACUUAGCAAAAACACAUCAAUCUUUUACAAGGAUACAAAGAUCAAUAUUAUUGAUACUCCAGGGCAUUCCGAUUUUGGUGGAGAAGUUGAGCGUGUCCUUAAUAUGGUGGAAGGAGUACUUUUGGUGGUGGAUUCAGUGGAAGGUCCUAUGCCACAAACACGAUUUGUAUUGAAAAAGGCUCUUGAGUUUGGACAUGCAGUGGUAGUGGUGGUGAAUAAGAUUGACAGGCCUUCAGCACGUCCUGAUUUUGUGGUUAAUUCAACCUUUGAACUUUUCAUCGAGCUAAAUGCAACGGAUGAGCAAUGUGAUUUUCAAGUGAUAUAUGCAAGUGCUAUUAAAGGAAUGGCUGGACUAGCACCUGAUGGUCUUGCAGAUGAUCUUGGUCCACUUUUUGAAGCUAUUGUUAGAUGCAUUCCAGAGCCAGUGAUAGACAAAGAUGGUGCACUGCAGAUGCUUGUAUCAAAUAUUGAAUAUGAUGAGCAUAAAGGACGUAUUGCAAUAGGACGUUUGCAAGCUGGAAUGCUGGAAAAAGGAGCAGAAGUAAAGGUCUGCACCCCGGAUGAAUCAUGUAGAUCAGCAAAAAUUAGUGAGUUAUUUGUGUUCCAGAACUUCUCGAGGACAGCAGUUGACUAUGUUGAUGCUGGAGAUAUUUGUGCUGUCUGUGGGAUUGAUGAUAUUCUUAUUGGUGAAACUAUAGCUGAUAAAAGCAGGGGAAAGGCAUUGCCGACCAUAAAAAUUGAAGAGCCAACUGUGAAGAUGGCAUUCUCAGUCAAUAUUUCACCCUUCGUUGGUCGUGAGGGAAAGCAUGUUACGAGUAGGAAACUUCGAGACAGAUUAUACCGUGAGCUUGAGAGAAAUUUAGCUAUGAAAGUUGAAGAUGGCGAAUCAGCAGAUACUUUUAUUGUUAGUGGGAGAGGCACGCUGCACAUAACAAUACUGAUCGAGAACAUGCGGAGAGAAGGGUAUGAAUUUAUGGUGGGGCCUCCUAAAGUUAUAAAUAAGAGGGUCAAUGAUGAAUUGCUUGAGCCAUUUGAGAUUGCCACUGUAGAGGUAUCAGAGGAAUAUUUGGGGUCCGUUGUGGAACUUCUUGGGAGACGACGUGGGCAGAUGUUUGACAUGCAGGGAGCUGGAAAUGAUGGCACGGUAGUAGUCAAGUAUAAGAUUCCAACUCGUGGCCUUAUUGGAUUAAGAAAUGACAUCCUAACUGCAUCACGUGGUACGGCAAUUCUGAACACAGUCUUUGAUAGUUAUGGACCUUGGGCUGGGGAUAUGAGCACCAGAGAGCAAGGAUCACUGGUUGCUUUUGAGGAUGGAACAACUACAUCUUAUGCUUUGGCUAGUUCUCAAGAAAGAGGACAGAUGUUUGUGGAACCUGGCAUUGAUGUUUAUAAAGGACAAAUAGUAGGCAUUCAUCAGCGACCCGGCGACUUGAUGCUAAAUGUGUGCAAGAAGAAGGCUGCGACAAAUGUUCGGUCAAAUAAGGAACAGACAGUUGUCCUUGACACUCCACUGGACUAUAGUUUGGACCACACUAAUUUUUUAAUAUAUGCAGUUGUCCUUGACACUCCACUGGACUAUAGUUUGGACGACUGUAUCGAGUACAUUCAAGAAGAUGAACUAGUGGAGGUCACCCCUUUGAGCAUCCGAAUGUGCAAAAAUCCAAAAAUGGCAAAGAAGACAAAAUAACUUGUUCCAUAGCACAGACUUUGGGACUGCUUCAACUCAUGGUUGUUUCAUUUUGAGUGGGGAGAAUAGAUUAUGAAAGCUUCUUUUAUCUCUUCCAUCCUGAAGUUUAUAAAGACCACUGGGAGAUAUAAACAUAGCACACAUAUGACACACACACAUUACAAAUGUAGGUGCUUUUACUUUUUAAUAAAAAUAGAUGUAUUGCAAUUUUAAGAUGGGGCCUCAUUUAUUGUGGUGUAUAUUUCAUAGCUUUAUUCAUAUGUUUUCAUCUAUCUGUAAUAAUAUCAGAUGUAUGUUAAA